AAAAAUUGGAAGUCAACUUCAGAAACUGCUACUGGGCAUGUGAACAGGCGGCUCGUCCAACCAUCAGCAACCUCAACUCCUUUCGUGCAGACAAACAUCGCCAUCUUGGGUUUCGUAUCUCCUACGGUAUCCCUACGGCCCAUCGAUUCGACACCCCCUCCUCGCCGUUUGUCAGCUCCCUCUACCACCAAAGCCUUCAUCAUGGCUCCUCUCAUUCUACACAACGUUCCUGACGACGAGUGUUACGUUGGGGAUGAUGGUGUGAAGCGACCAUAUGCCAUGUAUUUCAACCAACAAGAUGCUCCCCAAGGAAGCGCACGAUCACGUCGCAGCGCCGCCGAGUCUGGUUCGUUCGGUAAAUCCACACGUCGUUCACGAUCGCGUACUGGAACACCCGCGCGCAGUCGCGAAAAUCCUACACUAGCUGCUGCAGACAAGCUCUUUGGCGACUGGGUAUCGAACCAGGCUGCAACAGCGCCAUCUCAAACUGUUCAGCGUAAGAGCAGUGGUUUGAUGCAAGAAGAGGUUCCCGUCAAGCGAUCUGUUACUUCAACACCCGUCGAGCUCAUCCUUCGCGGCUACCGAUCAUCAACACAGCAGUACGCUGCUAUCUCCCACUAUGAAUCCCUUGCCGGCGCGAUCUUGGAGGAUUACCCUCGCGAACCUCCUGCCAGCCAACGCCGAUACAAAUCUGAGUUGCGCGACCCUGCAUUUACGCGACGUCGCAACCUGACAGCAGAUGAGCGAGCUAUGGUGAACCGCGCAGAUGGCGGAGAGCACUGGGUGAAGGUCACCUUCGAAAGCAGAGAAGCUGCCGAAGCUGCUACUUUUGCCAGCCCUCAAAGGAUACUGGGUCAUCUGGUUUAUGCUGAGCCAUACCGAGGUGUUCCUCCCGCCAAAGACGAGGCUUGUCCCGAUAUCGAGGUCGUCUCAGAUCAUUCACGCUCACAGAGUAUGCCUGCUGCUGUUCCCACUGCCAAUGGUCGCAAGAGCUUCAGUGGGCCUACAUCGUUUAACAGCCGGCUCCUCGAUCUCUCUCCUCCUCAUUCGCAGACAUCUAGCUUUACCAUGGAUACUGGAACUAUCAGCAACUCCCAUGCCUCUACUGCUACGAUCACCGAGCCUUUCCCUCUUCCUCAAGCUACCACAUCAAGCAUCGAACCCAUGGAGAUCCGCGAUGGCGACAGCGUUUUCUGCCGCCGGAUCCCUACUGCCCGUCGCGCUACCAUUCUUCCCGCCGAGCAAGCUCUCCUACCUCAACAGACUAUGAUGCAACGGGUCGUCAAUGCUAUUCCGUUUGUGAAGUGGUUCGGCGGUAGCAUGAUCGGUAACGAAGUACCACGAACCGAGACCGGCGAGUUUGAUUGGAGCAAGGCCAGUCUCUACUGGAAGCUUAUCUGGUGGCUCGACGCUACUUUUGGAUUAUUCAGCGGCGAUGUACUCAAUGCCGACAAGGACGACUAGAGGACGUUCGGUCGGCGUUGGAAGCCAAAGAUGUUGAAAGCAGCGUCCAAACGAAAGGGGUCGACGUCUAAACGACGACGAUCGUCGGGCGGCCGUGAUAGAAUGUACGAGAGACGAAGAAUUUGAUCAUUGACCACGGCGUAAUAACGAUCUUGGCGUCAGGCGUGUUAUGGAAUUGGGACAGUGUCUGGUU